AUGGUGGCGGUGGCUGAGCAGGGAUGCAAGGCAGCCGAGCUCAGCUCUCUCGAACACCCCACGGACACUCUUCUCUCUCUUGUCUCGGCCAUUGCAAACUUUAUCGCCAUUAGACGCGAGUUUCAUAAAACCGCUCUAUCAGUACCCACCGACUUUCCUGUCAAGAUGGAGGCAUUGGCCGCCGUCAGCCUCGCAGGAAACAUCUUGCAGUUCAUCCACACCACGAAGGAAUUGCUCUUGAUAAGCCACCAAUUGUCAGAGUCUGGAGCGAAGAGCGAAAACAUAGAGCUUGAAAUAAUUGCCAAAAGCUUGCGCGCACGUGUGGAACGUCUUGACGUACCCAGAACUGCAGUCACGACUCAUAGGCGAGGUAGCAACGACUCUUUGGAAUCUCUAGCCGUGAAAUGUAAGGAGAUCGUGGACGAGAUUCUUGCAGUACUUGUCAAGCUUAAACUAGAGAAUGAUAGCAGCAAGUGGGAGGGUCUUCAUCAAGCGCUAAGAGCCAAAUGGCAUGAACGAGAGAUCGACGCCCUCCGCAAGAGGCUCAACGACAUCGGACAAGCGGUCAACGUGUGUCUUGCAGAAGAAGGCACUGCCACCACACAUGAGCUUCUGGAUUACCUCAUCGGAAAGAAUCGCGCACUGGAAAUCUCUCGAGCGCAAGAACUCAAGGAACUCCGAGCCUUUUUUGACGAAGCCUUGGCAGACAACCGUGAAAAACUCUUGGACGAAGGGAGGUUGGCGAAUCAAAUGCAUAAGACCGUAUCUUGGGGCUUAAGCUAUUCGGCAGAACAGCUCAUCUUGUCCAAGCUGCACUUUAACCGUCUGGACGAUCGCUAUUCAUCCAUCUCGACCGCUCAUCGCAAUACCUUGAGCUGGCUAUUCGAAUCCGAGGAAGGAUGCGGACAGGAUAUCAGAGUCACGACUUUUGGUGCGUGGUUACAGUCUGACCAUGAUCUGUACUGGAUCUCGGGUCGCCCAGGAUCUGGGAAGUCCACAUUGAUGAAGUUUCUCUGCGACCAUCCGUCCACAGCUAAGCAUUUGAAGACUUGGGCAGGCGAUGAGGUCAUUGUUGCAGAGUAUUUCUUCUGGAACGCAGGAAAGAACGAACUCCAAAAGUCACAAGAAGGUCUGGUCCGGUCUCUGCUUUAUCAGGUCUUGCGCAAGUGUCCAGACAAUAUUCGUCUCGUCUUUCCUGGGGCUUGGCGACUGUACAAGGGCAACGGGGACGUAGAACCUCAUAGUACGGAUUCAACGUUGGCAACAGAAGUUCCGCUUGAUAUGAGAGGGUUGCUGAAUGCUCUAAAACACACCUGUGCUUUUCUCGAGCAGUCGGACAGGAGGCUUUGCUUCUUCAUCGAUGGACUGGAUGAAUACGUUGGUGCCACAGUAGAUGUUAUCGAGCUUACUGCUGUACUGCGGAAACUUCCAAAUGUCAAGCUCUGCAUAUCUAGUCGUCAGUGGAAUGAAUUCGAGGACGCGUACGGGGAGUCUAGGUCCACCAAGCUUUACAUGCAAGAUUUCAACAGCAAGGACAUCAACGCAUACAUAGACGAUGUGCUGAAGAAUGACCAUAACUAUCAAGAGCUUGAGGAUCAGGAGGUACAAGGGGAAGCACUGAUAGAGGAGAUUGUUGCAGCUGCCAACGGAGUAUUCUUAUGGGUCGUUUUGGUAGUACGCUCGUUCCAGGAGGGUUUGCGCCAGGGCGACAGCAUCACGCGCCUGCGGAAUCGACUUCGCGAGUUGCCGACUAACCUGGAGGAGUACUUCGAACGGAUUUUGUUCCACGAUGUGCAGAAGACUUAUCGCGAUCAGGCCGCGCAGAUGUUUCUCGUAGCACUGGCGGCGAAGGAAAACCUCCCACUGAUGGCGUACUGGUUCUUGGACGAGCAAGAGCUUCCUACUGAACGCCAAGAGCUGAAAGCACAGCAGACGAAAGCGCUUGAUCGCGAGUUGUAA